UUUCCUGGCACUGGAUAUAAGGCCAGCCUUGUCCGCAAUCGCUGGUCUAGGACUAAAUACAGCGUAGGUAAGAUACAGGAGACAUUGGCCCGAACUGACAACGAGUUUUCUUUCGGUGCAUUCGUCAAAAAACUGCUGAAAACACAAGGAGUGUAUACAGCUACAGAGAAGAGUGGCUUCACGAAAAGACAGUCUACGGAAAAAGGUGAUGAUGACAUCGCUUGUACGCCACAAGUCGCUGAAGAAGAGUAGCGGUCCGAGCCGGUACGGAGGCCAGGCGCGGUACGGCGGGUCAGGCACACAGGGGAUCCGGGUAGUCGUGCUGGGGCAAGGCGGUGUCGGCAAGACCGCUAUGACCGUGAGAUUCGUGACGAGGCGUUUCAUCUGUGACUACGAUCCAACGUUGGAGGCCAUCUACAAACACAACACGUACAUAGACGGCGAGCAGGUUCACUUUGAGAUCCUGGAUACGGCUGGACAGGAGGACCCCCAGUCGCCGAAUCUUGAAGAGAAGAUCCGAUGGGGCGACGCGUUCAUCAUCGCCUACUGCAUCAACGACCAGUGCAGCUUCGACGAGAUCAUGCGCUUCAAGUUCCUCAUCAACCACACCAAGGGCUCCUCCGCGCACGCUCCUGAAGUUCCCGUCAUGGUGGUGGGCAACAAGCGAGACCUAGAACUGGACCGGAUGGUCAAGACUUCCGAGGGGGAGAAGAUAGCCACCGCUCUCGGCUGCAUGUUCAUAGAAGUCUCCGCUAAGGAGUCCCACGAGGAAGUCAGAACUAUGUUCGAGAAGUUGUACAAGAAGUGUAAGGCGUGCCAGGCGUUGAAACUGUCGCCUACGGCCAUCAGGAAGGUGAUGGACAAAGUCAGCAUGUUCUCAUCCGGACUGGGAAACCACAGUCGCCCGCUUAACAGACUGCCGAGCUUCGCCACGGACAGUAUGGAGAUAUAAGAUUAAUGUAUAUAGAGAGAAAUCAAGCAGUUUGAAAUCUGUUAUGUAUAUA